GCCAUUAAGCUGGAAAUCAGAGCUCUGAAUGUUCACUAAAAGAAGGAAACAUUUUAGGUAAGAUCUAGGAACAGAGAUCAUCAGAGAGGACAUCAUUCCGGUGCAAGUCAGAGUCAGAAAGCUCUAAUUUGAGGUUAUUUACCCAAAUCUUCUGGCCUGAUUGAAUACCGAGUUGAAGAAACUGCAUUCUGGACCAGGACUGAACAAUGGAGACAGCGCUAGCAAAAACGUCACAGAAAAGGCAAGUUGUCUUUCUUGCUGUACUGUUGCUUUUGUGGGAGGCUGGCUGUGAGUCAGUUAGGUAUUCCAUGCCAGAAGAAACGGAAAGCGGCUCCUUUGUGGCCAACCUGGCAAAAGACCUGGAACUCAGGGUGGGGGAACUGGCCACUCGGGGCGCGCGAAUCCAUUACAAAGGAAACAAACAGCUCUUGCAGCUAGAUAUAAAGACCGGGAAUUUGCUUGUAUAUGAAAAACUAGACCGGGAGGUACUGUGCGGGGCAACAGAACCCUGUAUACUGCAUUUCCAACUAUUACUGGAAAACCCGGUGCAGUUUUUUCAAGGUGAUCUGCAGCUCACGGAUAUAAAUGACCAUUCCCCAGAGUUCCUAGAGAGUGAAAUGCUCCUUAAAAUCGCAGAGAGCGCCCAGCCAGGGAGCGUGUUUCCUUUGAAAACAGCUCAUGACUUUGACAUAGGUAGCAACACUGUUCAGAGCUACACAAUCCGCCCCAACUCCCAUUUUCAUGUUCUCACUCAUAAUCGAGGAGAUGGCAGAAAAUACCCGGAGCUGGUGCUGGACAAAGCGCUGGAUCGAGAGGAGCAUCCCGAGCUCAGUUUAACCCUUACAGCGCUCGAUGGUGGGGCUCCGCCUAGGUCCGGAACAACCACAGUCCGCGUUGUCGUCUUGGACAAUAACGAUAACGCCCCUGAGUUUUUACAGUCGGUCUAUGAAGUGCAGGUCCUCGAGAAUAUUCCCCUCAACUCCUUGGUGGUCGCUGUCUCCGCCCGAGAUUUAGAUGCAGGAACAUAUGGGAGUGUAGCCUAUACACUAUUCCAAGGCGACGAUGUUACUCAACCAUUUGUAAUAGACGAAACUACUGGAGAAAUCCGUCUAAAAAGGACAUUGGAUUUUGAGGCAACUCGAUAUUAUAACGUAGAAAUUGUAGCCACAGACGGCGGAGGCCUUUCAGGAAAAUGUACUGUAGCUGUACAGGUGGUGGAUGUGAACGACAACGUCCCUGAACUGAUCAUGACCACACUCACCAGCCCUACCCCAGAAAAUUCCCCUGAGACUGUAGUUGCUGUUUUCAGUGUUUCUGAUCCAGACUCCGAGGACAAUGGUAGGAUGAUUUGCUCCAUCCAGAACGAUCUCCCUUUUCUCCUGAAACCCACAUUCAAGAAUUUCUAUACCCUAGUGACAGAGAGGCCUCUGGACAGAGAGAGCAGAGCCGAGUACAACAUCACCAUCACCGUCACUGACUUGGGUACCCCCAGGCUGAAAACUGAGCACAACAUAACCGUGCUGGUCGCGGACGUCAAUGACAACGCGCCGAACUUCACCCAAACCUCCUACACCCUGUUCGUCCGAGAAAACAACAGCCCCGCCCUGCACAUCGGCAGCGUCAGCGCCACUGACAGAGACUCGGGCACCAACGCCCAAGUCACCUACUCGCUGCUGCCGCCCCAGGACGCGCACCUCCCCCUCGCCUCCUUGGUCUCCAUCAACGCCGACAACGGGCACCUGUUCGCGCUCAGGGCCCUGGAUUACGAGGCCCUGCAAGCGUUCGAGUUCCGCGUGGGCGCGGCCGACGCGGGCUCCCCGGCGCUGAGCAGCGAGGCGCUGGUGCGCGUGGUGGUCGUGGACGACAACGACAACUCGCCCUUCGUGCUGUACCCGUUGCAGAACGGCUCUGCGCCCUGCACAGAGCUGGUGCCCAGGGCGGCCGAGGCGGGCUACCUGGUGACCAAGGUGGUGGCGGUGGACGGCGACUCGGGCCAGAACGCCUGGCUGUCCUACCAGCUGCUCAAGGCCACGGAGCCCGGGCUGUUCGGCGUGUGGGCGCACAACGGCGAGGUGCGCACCGCCAGGCUGCUGAGCGACCGCGACGCGCCCAAGCACAGGCUCGUCGUGCUGGUCAAGGACAACGGCGAGCCGCCGCUCUCGGCCAGCGUCACGCUGCACGUGCUGCUGGUGGACGGCUUCUCCCAGCCCUACCUGCCGCUCCCGGAGGCGGCCCCGGACGAGGCCCAAGCCGACUCGCUCACCGUCUACUUGGUCAUUGCCUUGGCCUCGGUCUCGUCGCUCUUCCUGUUCUCGGUGCUGCUGUUCAUCGCGGUGCGGCUGUGCGGGAGGCGCAGGACGGCCUCGGGUGGUCGCUGCUCGGUGCCUUCGGGUCACUUUCCGGGCCACUUGGUGGACGUCAGCGGCACCGGGACCCUGUCCCAGAGCUACCAGUAUGAGGUAUGUCUGACAGGAGGCUCCAGGACAAAUGAAUUCAAAUUUCUGAAACCGAUUAUCCCCAACCUCCAACCCCAGAGCACUGGCAAAGAAAUUGAGGAAAAUGCCCCCUUCCAGAACAGCUUUGGAUUUGAUUAGGGAUCUUGAUCAUGAUAGAUCAUGAUAUUCCCCAGAUACAGAGUUUAAGAAUGUAAUAGUGAAAAAUCCCAUAUUCAGGUACAGUCUUGAUUUCCCUUUUGUAAUGGAUUUGUCCUUUGAAGUUUAUCUUGUCCAGUUUUGGAAAACUCAUUUCCACUUCAUUGCUUUUAUUUACCUAGCACCCAUUCCAAAUCUGUGCAUGUCAUUGAUUUUUCUGAAAUUUUUGCUUCUUUUUGGGAAUUGUAGUGACGAAGCAUCUUAAUAAAAUAAAAUAGUUA